AUGCGACUCCGUAGGAUGGUUGAGACGAAGCCGAGUGGCAAGUGCCAUGUUGACGAGUCAGUGAGGGCUGACUACAACAAUGCAGAGCGUCGGGAGUGGCUGGAGAUUGCAUUGUGUGAUGCAAUCAAGAAGCAUGGCACCGACCGAAAGAACUUCAAAAAGAUUAGGACAGAAUUCCUCACGCGGGUGACAGUUGUCCGCGAGAAGAUGCAGCUCCGCGAGCAAGAGAUCCACGGGACCUGGAUGACCUGGGCCAAGAUGCUGCAGAACAACUAUUCCGCGAGUCUUGCAGUGAUAUCGUGUUGGAAGUACGAUGAAACCCAAAUGGAGUACUUCGUCGAAGAUGAAUGCAAGAGUUUGCUGAAACGCUCAGAACUCUUGCGAGAGGUUGAAUCUACGGAGAUGGACGUAGGGUUCCCAGAGUUCAGUGGCUGUGUUUUGCUCAAGUGCGACAUGAUUUGA